AGAUCACGCCGUGCGAGUCGGUGUCGUUUGGGAUCGGCCUUGCGUGGCGCAGCCGGGCCGCCUCGUUCCGCCCCUCUAGUGCCCGCCCCACCGGCUUCGGCUCCACCCGUUUGUCGUCAUCUUCGUCUAAAAGCGAGUCCAGACGCCAGCUGCAUCGUUCGUCCACCAUGUCUGACCAGUCUACCCCUCCCAGUGAAAGCCCUGCUCCAGCGUCGACACCUGCUCAAGUCACUACACCGUCGCAUCAGAUCAACACACGCGAUCGUCUCUUUGGCUCAGAAGUUUCGAAACCAUCUCCAAAAAAGGUGAAUCCGACCUUCAAGUCGACUAUUUUCGAUACCGCUCCUCCUACUUCGCCACAGCGAACCCCCAAGAAAACGAUUCCCGCACUCGCUCGAAACCCAAUCACGGGGGAAGUGAAGCAGCCGGCACACCAACAGCAAAUUAGUGUCUGAUAUGCUCCGAACACCAUGACAGUCACUCCGCCGCCGAUGCCUAUGUUUGCUACCAUAAUCUUGCGCCCGCUGUCCUACUCAAAUGCACCUUUUUGUUCCUUCUACAACGAGCCGGAACAACUUUUGAUCGAACGCUAAAAAUUGCAAGUAGUCUAAAAAUCAGCUUCAGUUAUAUAUACGACAAGCAGUAUUUUCAAAUUUUCUCACUGAUAUGCAUUGUAUACCAAA